GUGUACCGAGAUUAUGGAAGGCGGCUACUACUGGUCCCCGCCUUCGGGGUCUGUUCCAGCCAGGUUGGCAUCUCUGCUCAGGCCCAAAGACGCGCCCAGAAAUGAGCGUCUCCACGCCAAGAGACGGACAUUGCUAGAAUGCCAGUUGGCCCGAGGGCUGUGGCGGCCAUCAGCCUGGUGCUGGUGGCACUGCAGCAGUCGCGUGGCGUCGGGCCUGCCUGCGGAGUUGAACACAUGGAUGUGGCCGCCGACCUAACCUGCCGGGUGUGCCUUGAGCUGUAUGACGGCGGCCAGCGGCAGCCGUGGGACCUAGGAUGCGGCCAUUUGCUGUGCGGACAAUGUUAUGAAAGGCUCCAGGCGCGGGGUUCACCGCACUGCCUUUUCGACCGGCGUCCCUGGCGCUCGCCCCACGUCCAAAUUGAUGUUCGUGCGUUGGCUGAAAGGUGGCAACAAACAAAAAGUGCAAGGCCGAGCGGCAACGGGAGCCCCGCUGUGCCGCAGCACGGCAAGGCUUCAGGCGGUGCCGGCGGCACUACCCCGGCAUGGAAUAGCACUCCGGCGCCGGCAGCGGCAGCGGCGCCGGCAGCGGCAGCAGCGGCGAAUCGUCAGCAGCCGCCGAGUAGCUGCUCCAGCGUCCUGCAGGCGCCCGGCAGCACCCCUGGAGCGGGGGGCGGCGGCGGCGGCGCGCGCGGCACCGCAGGCGCCGGGGAGCGCGACUGGCGGGACUGCGUGCGCGGCAGCUUGUGGCACUGCGUGACUGAUGACCUACCCGAGCAGCUCGUGCGCGCAGUGGGGUUUCCGCCACAGCCCUCCGCCGCCGCCACUGCUAGUCCCGACAACCCUAGCACCAGCAGCACCAGCAGCAGCACCAGCAGCGGCGGCAGCGAUGGGGACAGUCACGGCGGUGGCGGCGCACGUGCUGUUGUGCGGUCGGCUGCUCGCGUGUUGGUGUGCGGAACUGGGGCGUUGCUGGCCAUACACUUCUGGAGGCUCUUCCUGGCGUCCUUGUUGAUGCUGCUGCCUGCUGCGGUAUGCCUGGUGGCUGGACCCGCCGCAUUCGCCCGGCUCGGCCCGCAGGAGGGGGAGUUCCCGCUGCCACGCGGCUUCCUGAUCUAUGCGUCGCUCACAUUCGCCGGCGCCGCGUCGCUGUGGCUCACCCUGCGGGAGCUCUGGGCGCUGGGGCUGGCGCAGCAGGUGCUGGUGGCGGUGCUGGCGACGGCGGCGGUGCUGUCCGCGUUUCACACGUAUGUGCACGGCUGCAACUGCGCGACUGGUCGCACGUGCCGCCGCUGGUCCUGGCUGCUAGCCGGGUGCACCGUGCUGGCGGCGGGCGUCAUGUGUGCGUGCUGGAGCGACAGCGUGGCUGGAGCGUUCAACAUCCUCUCUUGGCCGCUCAUCAGGCUGCUUAGGCUGCUGGCAACGCCUGUCGUUGCAGCAGCGCAAUCUAUAGCGGCGUUGGUGGAUGAAGAGCGCAUCCGCUACUCCGAGAUGCGCACGCUUUUCGCAACUGCGGCUGCAGUAGCUGCAGCUGACAAGGAUCUUGCAAAAGUCAUUGCAGCAGAAAAAGCGAUGGCGGCUUUGAUAGAUGGAGCGUUCACUCCCUUCAGGCUGCUAACGCUGCACGCAAACGCUGCAGCAGCAGCAGCAGCGGAAGCCGUAACGGGCACAUCCGCUGCUGUUGUAACUGCCUGGUGCAAUACUACGGAGGACGCCAGCAGGGGCGGUCCGAUGGAGCUGCUGCAGCUGCUGGUGCUGCUGCCUGCACGCACUAUGAUGCCCUUGACCGUGUGUGCUGUGAGCACGGUGUUGAUUGCCCCCAAUCUUUUCAGGGCUCUACUGCCGGGGGCGGCUUGCCUGCCACAGGAUGCCCCACUCGGCAGCAGCUUCCAUCACGCGGCGAGCGCCGCCGUAGCGCGACUGGCGCUGUCGGUCAGCCUGGGCUCGGUGUUUUCUGUGAGGGUGGCCCUGGCGGUGAACGCGGCCGUGCUGACCGCCUUUCACCUCUUCCACGCCGCACGGCUGGGUGCACGCUGCGUCCAGUGGUUGCGGUCCCCAACACGCCGUACCGCCACCCCACCACCCUCCUCCUCCUCCUCCUCCUCCUCCUCCUCCUCGGCGGCAGCAGCGGCCUCGGGUGGUGGUGGCCUCUCCCUCGCCAUGCUGGAUGACCUGCUGUGUGCGGCUGUGGGGCUGCUGUGGAGCCAGGCGCUGCUGGUGCUGCCGCCCUGGGCGGGCGCUGUGGUGUGGCUGGACGGGGCGCUGGGGCCGCUGCUGGGGCAGGUGGCGCGGCUGCUGCGGGUGUCACGCAUGGUCACCGGCCUGGCACUAGCCCUGAAUGCGUCCCGGCUGCUCCUCUCCGGUGCGGCGCGGGAGCGGCUGCUUGCCGGCUACCGGGCCCACAGGACCAGACUGGAGGCAGCGGGCGGCUACGUGCUGAGCGUGGCAGGCGCUGUCGCGGCCAUGUGCCUGCUACUGCUGGUGCUGCCGCCGCGCCAGACGGCAGUGGUGGAGCGCCUGGUGCUGUGGGGCGGGGCGGCGGAGCUGGUGCUGCAGCUGCUGGCGGCCGGUGUGCUGGGCGCACAAGGGCAUGGCAUGGAGUUCAGACAGUACGCCAUGCAAGUUAGGCAGUAUGGCAUGCAGAUCAGGCAAUACACCGUGCAACUCAGGCAGUACGGCAUGCAGUUCCAGCAGUACGCCGUGCAACUCAGGCAGUACGGCAUGCAGAUUAAGCAAUACCUUACGCAACUUAUUGGACAGAAUGGCGUACAGUUUCAGCAGUAUGCCGUGCAACUCAGGCGGUACGGCAUGCAGUUCAAGCAAUACCUUACGCAGCUUGGACAGCAUGGCAUGCAGGCCAGGUAGUGCGCCGGUAGGUAGUGCACGCACGUCAGGCGCGUCAGGCAGCACGGCAUAUGCAGGUGGUUGACGUGGGAUACAUCGGGAUGACGUGGGACUUUCCGCAUGUCGUUGGGGACAGGACAGGACGGGGCUGCUGGGAACGGCACGGCAACAUUGGCGCGUGCUGCGGACAUGCUGCCGUCCCUGCUUGGCGUCCAUGGGGCAAAUAUUGUUUCACAUGUCGGAAUGGUAGGGUUUGGUUGUAAGGUGUAUGAUGGGACAGUGGUAAGGCAAGUUGGCAAAGUCCCGUAGGGUGCAGCUGAUUCCCAGACCCAACAAAUGGCAUACAAUUGGCAGCGGCAGGGCAGGAGUGCGCGGCUGGUCGAACGCCGGAGUUACUGUACCGACGAUGCUGGCUGGCUGGAAGUUUGCUGACGAGCAUUCCUACGAUAUCCCAGUCCAAGGCAGGAUGCCGGCACGGGGGCAGGUGUGGCUGCGGCUUUAACUGUGUGGCGCUAGCAAGCAGCAGGCUGGGGGCUCCCGCAUGCGGGGACUGGCCGGACUGCGGCACUUGGCCGAGAGUGCGGUGCAGGAGGCGCGCCGGGGGCGGCGUUGGUGGCAGCACCGGUGAGAUGAGGCUGUUUGAAGUGGAGGAUGCAAGGGAGCCGCCGAGGGAGGGCUGCUCGUUGCAGUGGGGCGGGAUGUGCGUGGCGUUAUGGCGAU